GCUAUGAGUGACAUGUCAUUCAUACUGUACAUGAGAAAGGUCAAUAACUACUUUAACAGCUAACUGAGCACCAGAAAGCUGAAGGACCUAUUGAAACAUAUUAAUUCAGCUGAUUUGUGAUAUUUAUUACAUUUCUGUCUGGACAAUGUGUAGCAAUGAGGAAGUGGAAUACAUGGACUUAUCAGACUCCCCAUGGUGUUGGUAUUAUCUGGCAGACUGUGGAAGGUGGCACAGAUUUGAGGACGACCCUGAUUACCCCCUGAGGAGCGAGGAUAUUGAAAAAUAUUACCAAAAAAACUCUAAAGGAGUAUUGAAUACAUCAUCCUGUAAUAGUCAACGCAAGAUCGACUUCUCAGCCAUGUUACAGACUGACCUCCUCACAGGAAGGCAGAGAACAAUCCAAAAGGCUGUCAACAUUGAAAGAAGUUGCUCCUGCUACAGUGCUCCUCCUGUCUUCUGGGAAAAGGUGGAUCCAAAGUGUCCAUAUCAGUUAAUCCCUCUCAAUGAACUCACCCCUGAGUAUCACACUGUGGCAGACUACGUGAAGACAGAGGGAUUGUUGGCGGCAGCCAUCGUAUCAAUCAUCAGGAUACAGAAUAUGGACCUAUGGGAGAUGUACUGUCGGAAAAAGAAGCAGCUAAUGCGAAUCCAGGAUGCCAAACUAAUUCAGGAGAAGAGACUCUUUCAUGGGACAGAUAGUACGAAUGUUGACAGCAUUUGCAAGUAUAACUUUGAUUUACGACUGACUGGAAAACAUGGCUGCAUGUAUGGCAAAGGGAUAUAUUUUGCAAAACACGCCACAUAUGCAGACAAAUUCAGUGUAGGCAGCAUACAUCCGUUGCAGCUGUAUGGAAGGGAAACACUUGGUGUUCCAGGUGUCUGCACCAAAGUGAUAUUUCUGGCUCGUGUGAUAAUCGGAAAAUCAAAGGUUGGACAGGCUGAGUAUCUGAAACCUGAUCAUGGAAUUACUGAGAACACUCACUACAGCUGUGUGGAUGAUAUCAAUCAUCCCAAGAUCUUUGUUAUUUUUGAUCCAAAUCAAAUAUACCCUGAGUAUUUGAUUCAGUAUAGAUGAAGAGAACAGAGGAUAUUGAGAAUCUGCAAUAUCAGCCUGUUUAACUAAAAAACCUCUCAUAGUCUUUGAAGACUUUUUAUUUAUUUACGACAUCUUUUAAACUACAUUUCUAAAGAAGGAGCUGGACUCAUAUAUCAUAAUACACUGCCCGGCCAAAAAAAAGGUCACAAGCCUGUGGGGGGCCGUGCUAUGAUCUGGGGUUGCUGCAGUUGGUCUGGUCUAGGUUCAGCAACGUUAUGUGCCCAAAGAAUGAGGUCAGCUGACUACCUGAAUAUACUGAAGGACCAGGUUAUUCCAUCAAUGGAUUUUUUCUUCCCUGAUGGCACGGGCAUGUUCCAAGAUGACAAUGCCAGGAUCCAUCGGGUUCAAAUUGUGAAAGAGUGGUUCAGGGAGCAUGAGACAUCCUUUUCACACAUGGAUUGGCCACCACAGAGUCCAGACCUGAACCCGAUAGAGAAUCUUUGGGAUGUGCUGGAGAAGACUUUGCGCCGUGGUCCAAAUCUCCAGUCAUCAAUACAAGAUCUUGGCGAAAAAUUAAUGCAAGACAGAAAAAAAUGUUGUGACAUUGCAGAAGCUUGUGGAAACGAUGCCACAGCGAAUGUGUGCCAUAAUCAAAGCUAAAGGCGGUCCAACGAAUACUAGAGUGUGUGACCUUUUUUUUGGCCGGGCAGUGUAUUUUUACAUACCGUAGGUAACCAAUUAUGAAAGGAAGUAAUGCUACAAAUAAAAAUAGUAUAGUAUAAUUAUAAGUACUAUUUUUUAUUUUUACCAGGUGACUUUAGUCAUAUGAUUUACAGUAAUCUAACAUUACGCAGAUGUAUCUUUGACUUCAAAACAGGUGAGCUUCAUAAAUAAAUAUUGUUUUCAGAACCAAACGGAAAUCUCUUUAUUGUGUAAUUUGAUACAUUUUACUAUCUGUAAUUUAUCUGUGGAAUAAAUGGCCUAAAAUGACUUGAGGCAUAGAUAAUGCAGUAAGGGCACUGCUACAACAUACACUAUCAGUACCACACUGUUUACAUGUGCAGGUAGUGUAGAAUAGUUGUUAGCAGCACAACCAGUACUUCCAAACUGUUAUCAUCCCUUUCACCUGGCGCCACAAUAGAAAGUGAACUCAAGCCAGAAAGCUUGACGCACUCUCUGCAGGUGUACAUUUUCAACACACUCCAUUCACUGACGUCCUUCACAAUUGAAGCAAAUAGCUUACUCACACUGUGCUGACAUCACUGGCUGAGCGAGUUUUCAACAAUUUAAAUAAAUAAUACAACUAUAUUGUAUACAGAGAAUGAAACAUGUAUUUUUU